CCAGUGAAAGAAGAUGACUUUGCACCACCAGCAUCUAAACUCUUAAACAGUUCCAUUAGCUCAUCUGUUGUUGAUUCUGGUAUGUGUGGUUGUGGCUGUCUAAUUGUGCAUUCAGGUGUAGCUUGGUCUUGUGUUAAAUUGCAAAUGGUGUGGUCAAGCGUCUUUUUCAUUGUUUUAGCUGAUGUGAAGUUAAAGGGGUGAUAGAAUGAUGAUAUAGGGUAUUUGGUGCUGGUCCUUAAGGUCUCUGAAUAGGGUGUGUAACAUUGGUUGGGCUGAAAAUGGCAUAUGUGCUGUUCUAUGCGCCCUAAUGCAAGCCUGGUUAAAAGCCCUAGAAUGAAACGAGAGGUUUUCUCCCUUUUAUGGUAUGCUCAUGAAUAUUUAGAUGAGCUGUGCGCUGAUUGGUUGGUUUACAACGAGCGAAGCUGUGGAGCAAACGCGUCAUGGCCACAAGCACUCACUCACUGAAACAUCGAAAUUGUUGAUAUGGACACAUUAGGUGUUGAACCAUAUAUGUAUGAGCCAGAAUCAGAGGAAGAAUCUGAUGUAGAGGAGCAACCAGUCGCCCAUAGAUUACAAAUGACUACUUCAGAAUGGUGUACGUGUGGAAACUGUGACCGCAUGCCCCAGGAGAGAGAACAUAUAUGUUGCCGGGAAGUACCCCAGGUCAUUAGAAGAAUGACCCAGGUUCCGGAGGAGAUAACCUGUAUGAUUGACCAUCCUGGCCUUGAACCGGUGUGCCUCAACAUAUAUUCUUUACAAAAUGCAAUGAACAUCUACAGAGCUGACCAUGGGCAGUUGAGAAUAAGAGGGAUGGAAAGGCAAUGCAGACACUUGGCCUACAGAUCUUUCGUGAGCUGGUGCUGGGGUUUCCUUGGGCGAAGUGUCCGUGUUGUGAUCCCCUCUUGUGUGGUGCUGCGCAUACGGAGGGAGUUUCCGGAAACAUCAGGGCAGUAUGUCGGGUUCAGACCCCCCCUCGACUGAACCGUGACACAUGCUCAGCGACAGCAUCCUCCCUGGAAGGUCUGGGAAGCUGAGCACACAAGUCUUGGGGCACAGGAAUCUGCUGGACGGCAUCCACAUAACGAAGGGAGUCAUGGACGAUCUCUUCGAACACCAGUCUUAUCAGGUUAAAGACAGCCUGUUGUGUGUGAAUUAAUAAGUUAUUGUUAGUGUCUAUACCGUUGCACAUUUGUUGCACAAUCGUUUGUAUAAAAAAAUAUAUACAUUUUAAACU